AUGAUUGAUUUAUUACCAUCACGUGUAAUUCGUGCAUUUGGUUCAGAAGUAUCUUAUUCUGAUGCUUUAUCAAAUGUAAAUAAAUUUAAUUCACGUCUUUUACGUGAAAGACGUAUUCGUUUACGUUUACCAUUUGUUGAUUCACAAACUCAUAUUAUUCAAACACCAACACAAAAUUAUCUAUGGAAACAUCCAACACAACGUCUUAUGCCUAUUCGUCAUGAUCAAGUAGCAACCUAUGCACGAAAACAAUGGCAUAAAAAACGACCAAAUCCACCAACUUCAAUAAGUCAAUCACAAUCGAUAACAAAUACAAAUGAUACUAAUGAACAACAGCAAUCCAUUUCAUCACCUAUUAAAAAUAGUAAUGUUAAUGGAAUACUACAAACAUCAACUGAUGAUGAUCCUCGUAUGGUUGUACGAGCUGGUGAUCUAGGAAUGUCAGAUGCAGAUGUUCAUGUUAUUUCUACUAUAGAAAAUCCAAGUAUGGUAGGCGGUCGAUUUACAGGUGGAUCAAGUGAUGAUUCAUCGCAAUCAUCAGCACCACCAAUGACUGGUCUUGUACAACCUCAACAACCACAUUGGCCACAACAUAAUACAUCUCAUAAUCAUCAUCAUCUUCAUUCAAGUAAUUAUAUUCUUGAUGCUGAUGAUGAUCUAGAUGAUUUCGAUUAUGAUGAUUAUGGUGUUGGUAGUGGUGGUGGUAGUGGACCAGGUACACCUGGUGGUCCACCAUCACCUCCAUCUUCAACAAUAACACGUUCAAAACGUGGUAGUUCUACAAAACGAUUAUCACAAACUGCUGGUGGAAAUACUGCUAAUAGUGGAAUGACUAAUAAUACACCGCCGACUGGUAAUCGUCGUCAACAAUAUACAUUAGCUGAAUUACCAUUUGUCUGUGAAUUUUGUCCAGCACGAUAUAAAACAAAACCAGGACUUCAAUAUCAUUUAGCUAAACAUAAAGAAACAAAUACAGAUUAUCGACCAUCACCACCAACACCUUCAACUGCUGAUAGUGGUGGUUCAUCAUCAUCACCAUCAUCAUCUAAUGCACCAGCAACACUUAUGAAACAAAAAUAUAUGAAUUCACCUAUUGAUCAUCAACCACAACAACAGCAACAACAUCCAAUGUAUUCAAAUCAACCACCAACAGGUGGUCCUAUGCCACAUAAUAAUCCUGGUGGAUAUUUACCUCCUCCGAGUGGUGCAUCAAAUAUGUCAGUAUCUCCCUAUCAAAUGAAUCAUCAGCAACAGCAACCACCAUUAUACUCAAUGCCACCUCAUUCAUAUCAUCAAGGAAUGCCACCAUCAGCUUCAAUGCCACUUACUGUAGCUGCUCUAUCUGGUUCAUCACCUGCAAGUGGUGUACCACAUUAUCCUCCACAACAACAUCAAAUGAUGCAUCAACAACGUAUGAUGAUGAUGCAACAACAAAUGCAACAACAGCAGCAAUUUCAACAACAACAACAACAAAUGCCAAAACAACCUAAUUCAAUAGUUGGUACAACAACAGGUAUUACUACUGGUCUUCAAUGUGAUUUCUGUGGUGGUGAUGAACAAGAAAAUAAAACAACAAAAUUACCAGAACAAAUGAUAACUUGCAAAGAUUGUGGUGGUUCAGCACAUCCAACUUGUCUUAAAUUUACUCCUAAUAUGGUACGUCAAGUUAAAACAUAUGCAUGGCAAUGUAUGGAAUGUAAAACAUGUACAGAAUGUGGUAAUUCGGAAAAUGAUUCAGAACUUUUAUUUUGUGAUGAUUGUGAUCGUGGUUAUCAUAUGUAUUGUUGUUCUCCACCACUAUCGAAAGCACCUGAAGGUGAUUGGCGUUGUAAAUUAUGUUGUGCUCAAUUUGGCGAACUUCAGUCUUGA